AUGAAAAAGAAGCCUGGGGUGAAAGGAAUCAAAGAAUCUACAUUUGCCACGGGGAAGUAUUUAUCAUUUUUUGAUGCGGUUAAAGCUAUCACUGGAAAUGCUUUUGGAUCCUUGAGGAUGAAAGAUUGGAGCAGAAAUCAAAAUGAAAUAUUCAAGAAAAUUGAUGGAUUUGGUAGAGUGGGGAUCGUCGAAACACUUACAAGAAGCGAAUUAUGUGAAAUAUACGGACUGAAAGCACCACUUGCUUGUUGUUUGGACACCGUUUCUUGUGGAUUAGAAAAUGAGUAUGCUCACAUGAAUGCAGAAGCUGUUACUCUUAUAGAUACUUUGAACGCUAAAAUUUGUAAGAUUUAUACUUUUUCACUUCCCUUAGAGCCUCUCAACUGA